AUGUCAUCAAAUAGUGCAUCUCCUGUUGCCACUGAAUCAAAUGGUCCAUCAUCUUCGUCAGGUAUUUCAUCAACUUCAACAACAGCAUGUGAUGAUCGAACAUGUUCAACAGCUAAAUGUGCAUUAUGUCUUCAUUGUUCUCAACAAUAUUGUUUUGUUCAUUUUCUUAAACAUAAUGAACAAUUAUCAUUAAAUGCUUAUAAUUUUACAUUAGCUAUUGAUCAACUUGAAGAUCAAAUAAAAAAUUUAAAAUUAGAUGAAUCACUUCGUCGAACAAUACAUUCUCUUGAUCAAUGGCGUAAAAAUUUAAUACGAACAAUUGAAUAUGUUUAUCAAGAAAAACUUUCAUCAAUUAAAUCAAAUUAUAUACAAUUAAGUAAUUAUUUACAACAAUUUCAAUUUGAACAAUCAUCACAUAUACAAUCAUUAAGAAUUGAUCUUGAACAAAUGAAAUUUAUUCGUAGUACUUAUGAUCAAGAAAUGAAAAAAAUUCAAACAACAAUAAAACAAUUACAAAAAAAUUUUUCUGAACUUCAAUAUGAUUUAAAUUUAAAAGAACGUCAAACACCUAAUAUAUAUGAUUCAAUUGAAUGUGAAAUAAUAUGGAAACGACAUCGAAUAGAUGAUAUACAAACAUCAACAAUAAUUGAUGGAAGUGAAGAUGAUGAAGAUACUAAUACUGGUACAAAUCAUGAUGAUGAUGAUGUACCUGAUUAUUCAACAACUGGUACACCACCAUCAUCAACACCAAGUCCAACAUCAUAUGAACAUUGUUUACUUUCAUUUCUUGUUGGAAAUGAUUCAAUAACGAAUAGAGAUGAAAAAAUAAUAUUAUCAGAUAUGAAAAAAAAUUUAUCAAAUAAAAAAAAUUUAUUAAUGGAAAAAAAACAAACAAAUACUAAUACAACAUCAACAGUAACAACAUUAUUAAAUAAUAAUAAUAAAAAGAGAAGAAUUUGUAUGAGUUGUGGAAAAUGCUAUCAUCCAAGCAGUUUACAACGUCAUUAUCGUCAAUGCAAACGUCAAUCUGCUUUCCGACAAUUAAAUCUAUCAAAUUCCAAUUCAAAAUUAGCAGAUGAAACAACAUUAAAAACAGUUACUAAUAUGAUCAAUCAACAACAACAUUUAGUGGAUUGA